AUGGCGGCCUCGGACGCUGCACCUUCAUCACUAGCAACGGAUCCGAUAUUAUACAACGAAUACAUGGCGUCGCUUGUGCCUCCAACAAAGGAAAGAUUUCACGAGAUUGCUCAAAUUCAGAUGGAAAAGGAAAGCGAAAAUCGCAGAAAAAUGAAGGAGCAACAGAGGCUGUCGACCGACCCGACACUGCUGCCGGAGGACCAACAAGGCCAAGACGCCGCAGCCAGGGUGAUUCAAAAAACAUUUCGGGGCUACCGUGCUCGCAGAGAAAUGGACGGCUACAGCAUCAACCCCAGUACCCGCUGGGUCGCCGCCGUACGCGACGCUCAGUUUCGGGAGACGCACCGUCCAAGACCCCGCGCUCUCUCAGAGGCCGCGAGCGUCGCUGGAGAGGCGCGACCGCCCUCGGCCAGCGCCCGCCAUAACUGGAGAAAGGCUGGGAUGGUGGCCUUUCGGGCUGGCCGCGAUGCUUCAGACAGCGAGUCGGACUCGGAUUUGGACAGCCCCGACAGCCCGGACGCGGCUAGCCCGGAAGCCAAGGCCGCCAAAAGACAACAGCGCCAGGUCGAGAAUGCGAAGCGCCGAGCCGAGGCUCGAACGAUGGGACUGCAGUACUUUUUAGAAAUGAUUGAUGCGAAGCACCGCUACGGAAGCAAUCUGCGCAUAUACCAUGAGGAGUGGAAAAGGUCAGACGCGCAGGAAAACUUUCUGUACUGGCUCGACUACGGCGCUGGUCGCAACGUUGAGCUGGACGCCUGCCCGCGUGAGCAGCUGGAGCGCGAGCAAGUGCGGUACUUGUCGCGAGAGGAGAGGCAGUACUAUCUGGUCAAGGUCGAUGCCGAGGGGAGACUGUGUUGGGCAAAGAAUGGUGCUCGCAUCGAUACGACGGAGCAAUUCAAGGACAGCAUUCAUGGUAUUGUUCCGGCUGACGAUACGACGCCGGCGUUUAGGCCGUCUGCCAAUCCUCUGGCAGGCACCUCGGGUUCGGACUCGGAUUCCUCCAUCGAGUCGAGGCGGGAGGCUGAUCGUGCCAACAAAUAUGCAACCCCCGAGUUUGACAAUGCUUCCGGUGUCCAAAAGAUUCACCACCUGUCGACGUCAACCAUCAUCAACAAGCUGCUGCGCAAGUCUGUCCGCCCAAACUGCUGGAUCUUUGUCGCCGACACCAACUUUCGACUCUACGUCGGCAUCAAGGACUCUGGCGCCUUUCAGCACUCGUCCUUUCUCCAGGGCGGCCGCAUCUCCGCCGCGGGGCUCAUCAAGAUCAAGAAUGGGCGUCUACAGUCGCUGUCUCCUCUGAGCGGGCACUAUCGGCCGCCCUCGUCCAACUUUCGGGCUUUUUUGCAGAGCCUCAAGGCGGAGAACGUGGACAUGGGCCAUUUGACGGUUUCAAAGUCGUAUGCGGUGCUGGUCGGGCUGGAGGCGUACGUGAAGACGACCAAAAAGAGCAAGAACUUUGUGAACAAGCUGCUGCGGACAAGGGACAAGGCGGCAGAUACAAAGCCUGCGCAAAUGGCCAUGAAGAAGCUCAACCUGCAGCAUACCUGCAAUGCAUCCCCAUCGCCUUUGUCAGGAAUGCCCCGCUCGGACUGUGACUCUGACACCUCUGAACUUGGUGUUUACUGCAUUUUGCGGAUAGAAAUCCUGGAUGUUUGUGCAACCAUUGCUCGUGUCCAGUGCCAAAUGGGCACAUCUCUGCUCGUCUUAAAAAAACCCGUGAUCUCGCUUUUACACGCAAGGGUAGUGCAAACGAGGGCGAAAAGUUCCACGUUUGAGUCAAGUCGCGUCAGGAAGGUCCGACUAUUUAUGACUGCCCGAAUACAGGCGUGGAUCCCUCCAUCUGUCGCGCACGACCUUCGCCAAGUACGAUGCCAGGCCGCUGCCAUAUUGUCCAUGGCUUCCGUCACCCGCUCGACCCGACGACCUGAAGUCUUCCCACCUCCUCACCUCAACGGGCACGCUCCCAUGGCACGCGCGACGCCGGCCCUCUUCCACCAUCCGCCGCCGCAGCAACAGCCGCAGGCAAGUCGCACCAAGCGAGCCAUCGAGGCCACUGGUCUCGAUUUUGCCACGGUCAAUACCAAGAAGACGAGAAUCGCCGUAGAGAUUGUCGCCAGGCCCUCCGCGGCACCACCACCACCGCAGAAGGUGCAGCCUCCCCUCCCAACACCACCACAACAACCAGUAGCGGUAGCGGCUGCCCCUGCUGCGCUGUGCGCCACGCCGCCCGAAGCAAAUCUCGACGUCACGAGGCACAAGGCAAAAGUUAUCAAUGGCAUCAAGCACGAGCUGGAUAGGCUCCAGCCCGACAUGGCCGGUACAAAGGAUCCUGGUCGAGAGCCUGGCCGCAAACUGCGCUCCCAGGAGGCUACGCGCUUCAAAAGCGACCUCUCCGCCUACUUUCCAGACUAUGACGAGGUCAUUGGCAACGAGCCCAAAGAACAACAUUUAUUGAACCUCGAUACCCCCAUCAUAAUUGUCGACUCGGGCUCUCGACGCCUCCCUCAAGCUGGACUCUCACAACCACAAAUGGACAUAUUUCCUGUCCGAGGUUAUGGCGAUGCUCUGUAUACUGAUGUCUUUGAUGCGCAACAAAUAGAUUUUGGGUUUUUGGAGGCACAGUACAAAAACCGGGCGCUAGAGGACCCUCUGCCAGACAGCACCUUUGAACCCAUACACCGGCGAGCCGAGAGGGUCGAGAGAUCAAUACGAAAUUCGGAAAAAGGACGCGCACAACACGAAAAGGAUCAAAUUAUACGACUGCUAGAGGGCCUGCAAGGCCACGACUGGCUUAGGGUUAUGGGUGUCAGUGGAAUCACCGAGACAAAGAAGAAGACGUUUGAACCUGCGCGGGCUCAUUUCAUCAAAGGCUGCCAAGGCAUAAUCGACAAGUUUAAGAACUGGAGCUUGGAAGAGAAGCGCCGAAAACAAGAGAGAGAAAGGACGCUAGCCGCCGAGCACGCCCAGGAAGAGCUCAAAGAAGUCCAAGAUGGUGACGCAGAAGAUGAGGAGAUGGACGACGUCAAUGACAGCACCCCGACUCACCAAAGUAGAAGUGAAGAUGGUCGCGGUAUUGAUGAAGAAGAUGAGGACGCUUUGAUGAACUCACAAGACAACAGCAGUGAAGCUUCUUCAUCAUCGCCAGCAAAACAGCUGCGGCAAGAAGCUAUGGCUCGCUCCAAGAUGACGGCGAAGCGUCCCCGGUCUGAUACGGUAGCCAUAACACCGAGACAAUCCGAGACACCAAAGGAGUUCAAGUCUUUUUUCAGCAAGAAAUAUGAACGCGAUGGAGCGCUCAAUAAGCAUCGGCGAGCUGGGAGAAACAUUCUAGCUUGGGGGCAUCCGAUACCGGACAUUGCAGAGAUGGACUUUGAUUUGCCAGAAGAUUAUCGUGAUGAUGAGCUUUUAAAGGCCAGAGCACGAAAAAGGCGACGAGACAAGCGGUCAAAACCUUGA